ACAGUUACAGAGAAAAACUUAAAAGUUAAAACUUCGCAAUUUUAGUUGCUUUCCAAGUGAACAACAGAAUUUUAACAAUAAAUUGCACGUUAUGGGAAGUUUCCCAAUUAGAAAGCAUAGAAAUUGACUCAGAAUUAGAUAUUUAUAUGGCAAAUAUAUUAUCAUUAGUUCGUUAGAAGAUUCCUUAACAGAAAACUGAAUAUGUCAAGAAGUUCUGAAGAGGUUACAUAUGAGGACUUAGAAGAGACAGAUGUUAUAAGUGUGGAACUUGUACCAGAGAGGAAAGGUUUAAUAUUGAAACACUGUGAAUAUUAUGUUAGUUCUCGAAGGCAUGGUACUACUGUUACAAGACGUUACAAUGAAUUUGUUCAGCUGUAUGAUGUGUUAGCAAUUAAAUAUCCAUAUAGAGCAAUUUGUGGUCUACCUCCUAAAAGAGUUGUAGUGGGAGGUGGCAGUCCAUUGUUUCUGCAAAGGCGCCGAGCUGCUUUGCAACGGUGGUUGACCUUAGUUGCCCGACAUCCUGUGUUGGCCCAUGACGCAGAUUUACGAAUGUUUUUAUGUGACACCAAUCUUAAACUCGAUAAGCCAAAACACGAUGAAUUUAUUUUGGCGGGAACGCAAGAACAUAAUCGGCAUGAAAUGACGACAGAUGAAAUGCAAGAGGAAUUCGCGUGUGAUCAGGAGCAGUUACGAUUGGUGCAGUUGGGUUUGAAGAGGCUUUGCAAGAUCUUUGAGAAAGCUGAAAGCCGUUGUGAAGCUGAACAAAUGGAUAUUCGUGAAUUGGGAGCGGGUUUGAGUGCAUUGUCUGUUACCUCUACUGCCGAUACGCAGCGAUGGACCAGGGUCAGGGAAUCCAUGAAAGCGGCUGCUCAGCUGGUGUCAGACAUGGAUGAGACUUUCAUAUCCGACGAGGAAGCGCAACAGCGUCUUCUAGUAGCUGUAGACGCGUUAACCGCAUACAAGGAGCUCUGUUCGCGGUUAACGCGGGGAUUGCACGGAGAGCGAGCAGCGGCCGCAGCUAGUGCGCCGCAUAAUGCAGCGUCGCAUAGCCUGCGUGAGCGGCAUAGGUACGCCAUGCGCUGUGCUGUGGAGGAGGCUCGCCUUGCCCGCGUAUACGCACUAUCCGCUCUCGAGGCUCUGCCCGCACUGCUGCACACACUGGGCACUGCUCACGCACGCAUCGCCGCCUGCUGGGCUGACCUGCAUACCGCACUCAGGCAUGCAAAUAUUAAAUCUAACCACAGAUAAUACACCCCGGCAUUAUUUGUACCACAGAUCUUUACAGGGUUGGGUAAUCCGACCAUAGAUUUAUAAAAUUGCAGUUUUUUAAUCUGUAGAUAAUGAUAAGCGUUUUGUAUAUCUGGGGGCUUAGUCAAGAUGCAUUAACAGUAGUGUAUGUAGAAAGUCGAAAAUUAAAUUUGUAUGAAAAUGACAGUUUGUGUCGACAAAUUUCUAAUUCACAACUUAUAAGGUAUCUUGACUAAGCUCCCUGGUUUCAUAGAUUUCAGAGAUAAUAGGGUGUAAAUGUUGCUCGAAAUUUUAAAUGUUGCUACUGAGACUAACAUUAAGACAAUGUUAGAUUUGUUACAAAGUUUUUUGUGGCAUGUCCCACAUUUCUUUAGUAACAUACAUAAUUUAUAAUAUAAAAAAUGAAUUGUUUACAUAAGACACCUUAAUUAUAGUUUAGGAAGAAAUUCCUAGGAAAUUGUUGACUUAACACAGUAAGUAACUUUUGAAAACAAUGAGAAUUUAAAAAAAAAUUAUAUAUAAUAUCAAUUAAUUAAAAAGUUGUUUAACUCGAAUAUUAUGAAUCUUGAAAAUAUAUAGAUAAGGACUAAAUAUAUAUUAACUAGUUAGAGUAUAUAACUGUAACAGCAGGAAAAUCAUAGUUUCGUCAAAUUCGAAAAGGUGUUUUUGACAGCUCGUAAGUAUUGACGCCAAAUAACAAAAGUCAUUUACUUUUCUAUUACGACAGCUCUUCGAGUUUAUGGAUUGUUGUUGCAAAAAUGGCGCCAUUGAGCAAAAGCAUUAUUGUUACUAACUAAAAGUUAAUUUGUUAGGAGUACACUUUGACCCAAUUUCUUUCGCUAAGGUUUUAAUGGGAGCACAAUCACGAUACUGUAUGAUCACAGAAGAAUUUCCCAGUUGUUAAAAAGUUAAUAAUAAUGGUGUUUUAAGCUUUUGUAAUGCACGCUUAUGGGCCUAUAUAUUUUAUUUUAGAAGAAAUUUAAAGUUUCAUAAUUAUUUAUGAUUACAAAAUUAUAUCUGUUUGUGUUUAUAGUUUUAGCGAAUUAUUAUUUAUCGUUAUUAUUUAUAGUAUUUAUUGAAAUUUAAAGGUAAUUCAAAAACUGACGUCGACUAUUAUUAACGACUCGUAACUUUCACGAAUAGUAUUUUGAUAAAGUUAUUUACUAUCUUAUUAGAAUUUGAAGUAUGAAUUUUUUACGAUUAGGUUUAAUAUGUACCAAAAUGUUUGAAUACUGUGAUAUAAAAUGGCAAUAUCCACUAUUUGAUACUAAUAUAUAUUUUUUUUAUAUUUAAGCAGAUUUAUAUUUGAGAUA